AAUGGGCGGAUGGUGUACAUAGCUCGAUACUAUAAGGCUCAGAGAGAAAAGAAUGAGCCGGAAGACUGACCAACCAGAAGACAAGAAGACUGGUUUUCAAAGCACGAAGCACGAGAGUGGCCCGAGCGUUCCGGGUCGCAACGAAACCUCACCUCAAGUCUAUGACUUCGUCUCAGUUUUCAUACUCGUAAUUGACAUCCAGGCCUUGCUUUGCACUCCCAUACAGUCCAGACCUGGUUGCUUCCUUGCUCAAGAUGCCUCUCUCUAACACCAUCUACAACAGUCUUUUCAGACGCAACACCACCAUGCUGUUCACGGUCUUUGCCACUGCUUUUGGAAUCCAGCUAGCUUUUGACACCGGAUCAGAGCGCCUUUGGAGCGCAAUAAACCGAGGGCGCCAAUGGCAAGAUGUCAAGCCCAUCGUGAUGGCAAGAGCAGAAGGCGGCGAUGAUGACGAGGAGGAAUAGAUGCGUCCAUGGAUUGGAAGAAGCGAAGAACGAAGGAACUCCUCUGUAAAUCAUAUCAUCUUGGAGAAGCGACAACAUCGAUAGAAGGACAGAGAAGCUUUAUGACGGUUGUUGAGAGCAAGCCGACAUUAUCUGAUGUAAAAAUGUAUCAUCAAUGCUAUCAUCACCGGACCCAGUGGUGUAAUCGUUCCCGUUGAACAAGAGUCAUUAUCUCUACAAAUUCACUAUUCCAGGUUACAGAAG